AUACUGGUAUUUGUUUCCCGCAAAAGGGGGUCAUCGUUUCUUCAGUUGCGUGUCGUGCUUGGUUUUGUCGUGAGUUCGAACUUAAGUUCUUAAGCAGAGCAUCUUUUUUUCACAGAAAUGGUGGCUGCCAAAAACGCCUUCGCCAUAGGCGACCUGGUGUUUGCCAAAGUAAAAGGCUAUCCGGCUUGGCCAGCCAAGAUAAUGAAGUUCGAAAAGGCCAAAUACAACGUUUAUUUUUACGGUACCGGAGAAACGGCAAACAUCAAGGUUGACAAUUUGUUCCUGUUCGGAGAGGAAUCGAAGGAAAAGUUCGUGACUGAUAAAAUCAUGAAACGGAAGGGUUUUAAGGAGGCCCUGAUUCAAAUAGAAUCCGCUUCAGCUGGCCAAGACUCGUGCCCGCUUUCGUACGAUGUCGCUAUUGUGCGGUCGAGUUUGGAAUCCUUUGUACACAAUGAGGACAACGAGGCACGUAAUCAGCCCAGCCCGUUUGUAAACUCAUAUGCUAGGAACAAAAGUAAAUCGUCCUCUCAAGCAAAGCAAAUUGGCUUUAAAUGGAAUACUUCACCUUUAGCUCCGGCACUUGGAAAGGGAGUACUGCUUAAAACGAUUAAAAAAGAACCACGGGAGUUGGAGACGUUUGAUGCCCCAACGAAUCCCGACGAGGAAUUUGUCAGUCGCAGUGGCAGAAAAAUUAAAACAAAACGGUUCAUGGAUAGAGACGAGGAAGACAGCGCACAGAAUGGAACAGCUCCCAAGAAAAAAGCUCCAGGCGUACAGACCAAGAAAGAUCAGAUAAAGGUGAUGAACGGUAAAUCCAGAUCAAAUCCAUUCGAAAACAUAAGCAAUGAGCGCAUGGUUUUCUUAAAGCGAGAACGGGAGCUGGUGGAGUGCGUAUUGGAAAUUAAAUCCACAGUAAAGUUGGCUGGCGCGAAUGCCGUGAGAUGCGUUGAAUUGUUGGUCCAGUUUCAAGAUCUGAAAAUAACCCCAACGAUGCUGAAAAAGAAUCCCAAUUGCAUCGAGGUUAUUAAAGAACUGCGUUUUUACGUUGGCAAUGUUGAAGCUUGGAAUAUGGAUGAAAAACAGAGGGUUAACUUCGAUUAUUUAGCCAAACAAAUCCGCGACAAAGCUGAAAAGAUCUACAGUCAAUUUCCGAGCAUGUUCCCCGAGCUGGAUAAGGACGUACCGUUUUGGCCGGCAUUUCAGGAAAUGGUGGCCAAGUUUAACCUGGCCACUCAACACUUGUCUUCGGAAGAGCUAUAUUUGCUGGUUGACGAAACAGAAAUUGAUCAAGCCGACGAUAGUGCUUCGCAAAAAGAGUCGAAGGCAGACGAACUUCGCGAAGUAGCAUAUACUUACAAUCCCAACCUUACGGUAUCCGAGAUAGAGAUACAGGAAAAGAAUCUUUACGCUCCGUGUGGCCCCGGCUUUGUGUUUCGCUGGUUGACACAUCGCAGUAAAAAAUCGAGCGGGGACAGAGCAUCUUUUUUUAAAGAAAUGGUGGCUUCCAAAAAGUCUUUCGGAUUGGGCGACUUGGUGUUCGCCAAGGUAAAAGGGUAUCCACCCUGGCCAGCAAAGAUCAUGAGGAUCGAAAAGGCCAAAUACAAUGUUUACUUUUACGGCACCGGUGAAACAGCAAACAUCAAGGUUGAAGAUUUAUUCCCAUACGAGGUGUCGAAGGAAAAGUUUGCAACCGAAAAAAUCAUGAAACGGAAGGGCUUCAAGGAGGCUAUGAUUCAAAUAGAAUCCGCUUUGGCGGGCGAGGACCCAAGCCCGCUCUCAUACGAUGUUGCUGCCGUGCAGUCAGGAUUGGAUGAUUUUGCGUUAGAAAAUGAGAACACUGAGGCUUCGUUUAGUGAAUCUCGCAUUUCGGCUAACUCAACUGCCCUGGAGACUAGCACUGUGAAACAGGAGAUUCCGGAUGAUCAAAAUGGUACCGCUGUAGUCACACCGAAACCAGUUAAGGAAAGUAAACCUAUGGCCAAGCAAACGAACGUCCAAAAGAAAACUGGACCUAUUCAAUCAAUCAAAAAUGAGCCACGGGAUUUUGAGACAUCUGAUACCCAACCAAGUACUGGUGAGGCAAAAGAAUUAGUGAGUCGCAGUGGUAGAAAGAUCAAGAUGAAACGAUUCAUGGAUGGGGACGAUGAAGACAGCGCACAGAAUGGAACGCCACCCAAGAAAAAAACACCAAACGUACCGAUCAAGAAAGAGUCGGUGAUUGCUACGACGAUCAGCGAACCCAAAUCAAGUCAAACCGAUAAGAUAGAAAGCGAGCGGAUGUUUUUCUUGAAGCUAGAACGCGAGCUGGUGGAGUUGAAUUUGGAAAUUAAAUCGACAGUGAAGUUGGCUAGCGCGGAUGCCGAGCGAUGUGUCCGGUUGUUGGAUCAAUAUCAAAAGCUCAAAAUAACGCCAACAAUGCUGAAAAAGAACCCAAACUGCGUUGAGACCAUAAAGAGGCUUCGGAAAUACGUUGGCAAUGCUAAAGCAUGGAAUAUGGAUGACGCAGAAAAAUCAAAGUUUGACAUCCAAGCACAGCAAAUUCGAAACAAGGCCGAUCUAAUCUACAACCAAUUCAUAAAUAUGUUUCCCACACACGAUAGCGAGAUAUCGUUUUGGGAGGCAUUCCGGGAUAUAGUGGCCAAGUUUGACCUGGCAACUCAACACCUAUCCCCCGAAGAGCUAUAUCUGCUGGUUGACGAAGCGGAAAUUCGCCAAAUUGACGAAAAUGCGCCGCAGCAAGUAUCAGGCGUAAAUGAAGUUGGUGAAGAAGAAUCUACUUACAAUCCCAACCUAAAAGUAUCCGGCGUAGAUACCGAUGAUGGCUCUGCGACUAAGGAAAAUGCGGGGUCGUUGAAUGUCAACACUGCUUCUGGCAAUGCCGAGAAAAGUACAGGAAACCUACGGCAAUAGGUUUGAAGUGUAAUUACUUUUGCAUUAUCUGACGAAAAAAGUUUCAUGCGAAUUAAGUGCAUGCAAUAGAGUA